CUCACGUUAUACUCCUGACUUAUUGGUGUGGGUCUGGAGAUUCGCGGAGGGUCACAGGCGGAUGAGGAUUCAUAUAAAUUCACUUUGUCCCCGGACUAGUGGUUCCUCCAUCACACACACACAACCAUCGAGUUACACACAAACAUACAUCCAAGGUGAUUGAAGCCUCAGCCAAGAUGUACCACAUCGGCAAUAUCUACGGCAUCACCGCCAUCUCGGUCAUUGGCGGUGGGCUGUUUGGUUUCGAUAUUAGCUCUAUGAGCGCCAUCUUACCCACCCAACAAUACCGCUGCUACUUCAACCAAGGCCCCAAGGGCCCUCCUUACACAGACGCCAGCGAAGCCUGCUCUGGUCCUAAACCCAAUGUCCAGGGUGGCAUUACGGCUGCCAUGCCUGGCGGCUCCUUCGUCGGCGCUCUCAUCUCUGGUUACCUGACGGACAAGCUUGGUCGCAAGAAGGCCAUCCAGAUUGGCUGCAUGAUCUGGAUGAUCGGCUCUGCCAUCUCGUGCGCGUCCCAAAACAUCGGCAUGCUCAUCGUCGGUCGCUUCAUCAAUGGUCUCUCUGUCGGUAUCUGCUCCGCGCAGGUCCCCGUUUACGUCUCUGAAUUGGCUCCUCCGUCCAAGCGUGGCCGCGUUGUUGGCUCGCAGCAGUGGGCCAUCACAUGGGGCAUUCUCAUCAUGUACUACAUCAGUUACGGCUGCACCUUCCUCGACGGCCCGACUGCCUUCCGCGUUCCAUGGGGUCUUCAGAUGAUUCCUGCUGUCAUCCUCGCUAUUGGUAUCUUAUUCCUGCCCGAGUCCCCCAGAUGGCUUGCGCGCCACGAUCGCUGGGAGGAAUGUCAAGCCGUUCUCACCCUUGUGCACGGCCAUGGCGACCCACAUAGUCCCUUUGUCAAGCUCGAGCUGGAAGAGAUCAAGCAGAUGAUCGAAUUCGAGCGCCAGAACGCUGAUGUCUCUGUCGCCGAGCUGUUCCGUCCUCGCAUGCUUAACCGCCUUCAUAUUGGUAUCUUCACUCAGAUCUGGUCGCAACUGACAGGAAUGAACGUGAUGAUGUACUACAUUACCUAUGUCUUCGGCAUGGCUGGUCUCACCGGCAACACCAACCUUAUCGCCUCGAGUAUCCAAUACGUGAUCAAUGUCUGCAUGACAGUUCCCGCUCUCAUCUGGAUGGACCGCUGGGGCCGUCGUCCCAUGUUCGUCAUUGGCGCGCUCCUCAUGGCAACCUGGCUAUUCGCCAACGCAGGCCUUAUGGCUUCCUACGGCCACGCAGCGCCCCCAGGCGGUCUCAACAACGUCGCCGAACAGUCGUGGGAAAUCACCGGCAAACCCGCAAAGGCCGUCAUCGCCUGCACAUAUCUCUUCGUCGCCAGUUACGCGCCAACCUGGGGCCCUGCCUCUUGGGUCUACCCACCCGAGGUGUUUCCUCUUCGCAUCCGUGGCAAGGCCGUCGCACUCACUACAUCCUGCAACUGGAUCUUCAACUUCGCUCUGUCGUACUUUGUUCCUCCGGCGUUCGUCAGCAUCAAGUGGAAGGUGUACAUUGUCUUCGGUGUCUUCUGCAUCGCCAUGGCCAUCCACACAUUCUUCGUCUUCCCUGAGACAGCCGGCAAGACGCUCGAAGAUGUCGAGGAGAUCUUCAUUGCGGGCGUGCCGGCCUGGAAGACCAAGGUGGAGUAUUCAAACGUGCGCCGCGCUGAGCAGGGCAUGUUGGACCCAGAGAAGGCUCAAGCUCUCGAGCAGCGCCCGGAGAGGCAUGAGAAUACGCAGGAGAUUAAGGUAUAAAACUAGUCGGUUAAUGGCCUUGUAAAAGAGUUUGAAUGAAUGAUGGAGAAGAACGAACGUCGACGUUUGUGUAUGAUAAUUUAGCGGAGCACACGCUCAUUAGUAUCGGCCAUGAGUUACUCGAGAAGUAGCUCGUCGAAUCAAUAAUCUUUCACUGUAA